UUUGCCCUGCCAGGCAAGGAGAGCAAGGGUGCAAAUGCAGCUCCCUCCUGUGUAGUUUAAGCAGGGAGUCUACGGGGAGCUCCCUGGCCUGGAGGAGAAGUGCUCUUGCUGGAUUCACACCAAGGUGUCCUGUGGCUCUGUGACGAUAGAGGUGGACCAGCCCAGAAAAAACAGAUGAGCUAUGAAACCUCUAUAGUUAAAACAGCAGGAUGCGUCUCCUGUUGGGUGUGUGAUGAGAGGAGUUUGGCAUUGGAGUGCUGGGAACCUGAGCAGCUGCUGAGGACGCAGAGCCCAGCCUUGACCAUCAGCGAGCCCACAACACAAUGAACAAACUGAACUUCCAUAACAACAGAGUCAUGCAAGACCGCCGAAGUGUGUGCAUUUUCCUUCCCAAUGAUGAGUCCCUGAAUAUCAUCAUAAAUGUUAAAAUUCUGUGUCAACAGUUGCUGGUCCAGGUGUGUGACCUGCUCCGGCUAAAGGAUGGCCACCUCUUCGGACUCAGUGUUAUACAAAAUAAUGAACAUGUAUAUAUGGAAAUGCAGCAAAAGCUUUAUAAAUAUUGUCCAAAAGAAUGGAAGAAAGAAGCCAGCAAGGUACGCCAAUACGAAGUCACUUGGGGCAUCGACCAGUUUGGGCCUCCCAUGAUUAUACAUUUCCGAGUACAAUACUACGUGGAAAAUGGCAGAUUGAUCAGUGACAGAGCAGCAAGAUACUAUUAUUACUGGCACCUGAGAAAACAAGUCCUUCACUCCCAGUGUGUGCUCCGAGAGGAGGCCUACUUCCUACUGGCAGCCUUCGCCCUGCAGGCUGAUCUCGGGAACUUCAAAAGGAAUAAGCACUAUGGAAAAUACUUCGAGCCAGAGGCUUACUUCCCGUCUUGGGUUGUUUCCAAGAGGGGGAAGGACUACAUCCUGAAGCACAUUCCAAACAUGCACAAAGAUCAGUUUGCACUGACUGCUUCCGAGGCCCAUCUUAAAUAUAUCAAAGAAGCUGUCCGACUAGAUGAUGUCGCCGUUCAUUACUACAGAUUGUAUAAGGAUAAAAGGGAGAUUGAAGCUUCACUGACGCUCGGAUUGACCAUGCGAGGAAUACAGAUUUUUCAGAAUCUUGAUGAAGAGAAGCAAUUACUGUAUGAUUUUCCCUGGACAAAUGUUGGAAAGUUGGUAUUUGUGGGCAAGAAGUUUGAGAUCUUGCCAGACGGCUUGCCCUCCGCCAGGAAGCUCAUAUACUACACGGGGUGCCCCAUGCGCUCCAGACACCUCUUGCAGCUUCUCAGCAACAGCCACCGCCUCUACAUGAAUCUACAGCCGGUCCUGCGCCACAUCCGGAAGCUGGAGGAAAACGAAGAGAAGAAGCAGUACCGGGAAUCGUACAUCAGCGACAACCUGGACCUGGACAUGGACCAGCUGGAGAAGCGCUCGCGGGCCAGCGGGAGCAGCGCGGGCAGCGUGAAGCACAAGCGCCUGUCCCGGCAUUCCACCACCAGCCACAGCAGCUCGCACACCUCGGGCAUCGAGGCGGACACCAAGCCCCGGGACACAGGGCCGGAGGACAGCUACUCCGGCAGCGCCAUCCACCGGAAGCUGAAGACCUGCAGCUCAAUGACCAGCCACGGCAGCUCCCACACCUCGGGGGUGGAGAGCGGCGGCAAAGAUCGGCUGGAGGAGGACUCACAGGACGAUGGUAAAAUUGAGAUGUUGGUGGACGACCCCAGAGACCUGGAGCCCAUGCAUGAAGACUCUCUGGAAGUCAGCCCAGACAUGUGCAUCUACAUCACGGAGGACAUGCUCGUGUCGAGGAAGCUAAAUGGACACUCUGGGUUGAUUGUGAAAGAAAUCGGUUCUUCCACCUCCAGCUCUUCAGAAACGGUGGUCAAACUCCGCGGCCAGAGUACUGAUUCCCUUCCACAGACUAUAUGUCGAAAACCAAAGACUUCCACCGACCGACACAGCUUGAGUCUCGAUGACAUCAGACUUUACCAGAAAGACUUCCUGCGCAUCACAGGUCUGUGUCAGGACACCGCGCAGAGUUACACCUUCGGGUGUGGCCACGAACUGGACGCUGAAGGGCUCUACUGCAACAGCUGCCUGGCACAGCAGUGCGUCAAUAUACAAGAUGCUUUUCCAGUCAAAAGAACCAGCAAAUACUUCUCUCUGGAUCUCACGCGCGAUGAGGUUCCGGAGUUUGUUGUAUAAAAUGCACCUGCGCGCAGCCUUGAGGGGAGCCAGCUCCUUUGCUGGAGGCCACAGGAGUCCUGGGUUCGUUACGGAUUACUUGUGCCAUAUUGUCUUUACCCUGAACAUAGCUCUUUCUUUAUAAUAUUUGUGAUGGAAACAAAAGCCUUGGGACAGUUGCACUUUAAGUAUUAUGCAAAGUAAAAAGAACUAGAGAAUGUACAGCAAGACAAGUGCCCAUGUAUUGACUCUUUGGAAGAAAACGUGCUUUACUGGUUUGAAGCCUUUAGACUGUCAGAGUGUGGUAUUUGUUGCCCAUUUGUGAUUUCUUUCAUCAGUUAAACAUAGCAACUCUUUCUCACAUGAAAGAUGUUAGGCUUGUUUGCUUGUACGCUUUAACCCCUCCCUUAUGAAAUGUUCAUGGUUUGAAGGAGGAGAGAGGGCAGGGUCUCUCUCUGAAGGAAAUGUGCUUUACUGCUCUGCAGCCUUUACAUUGUUGGAGUGAGGUAUUUAUUGCUCACUUUUUUUUUUUUUACUUCAGUUAAACUUCACUUUUUUAUCAUGUUAGGCUUAUCUGUUCACCUGAACAUAUUUUUACCCCUCCCUCAUGAAACGUUCGUGGUUUGAGGGAGGAGAGAGAGCAGGGUCUCUCAUCGGAAUGGAGAGACCUCUGCUUGGUGCAUAGCCAUUGCUGCCUCCCCGAGGCUGUCCCAAAGUGAACACUAGCGGAACGAUCAAACUGCGUUAUGAUAGCAAGCCAAAGAUACGUACAGAACAGGAGCACCCGCUCAGGGCCAAGAUGAUGCGACUUAAGCAAUAACCAGAAGACUGUGUGUGCUGUGAUGUCUUGUGACCCCUCACGUCCUCUUCCAGAAAGCGCUCGGGUUCAGUCGAGUUCCUCAUCGUGUGACAGAUCAGUGACGCUCAUGACCGAACUCAUUUUGUGGAGUUUACAAACUGGUGUCUGUUGAAACAAGAAUAGUUGGAUUUUUUGUUGUUUUUAGUUAACAAAAUCAAGUUACGGUAAUGCUAGUUUCUGCUUAACCAGAAUACCCUAACUGUGUAUAUGUUUUACACCUAAAAGCACAUGGACUUGUGCGUGUCUGUCUGAGUUUCAAGCCUCCCAGCUCUUCAUCUGGGCUCCCACGACUGCGUCGCGCACAUAGAAUUCCUUCUUCAGCAUGGAGGAGACCUCGCUGAACGAAAGCCGCCCACAGAGAAUCGGUGUGUACAGUGUAUGUUAGGAGUGACUUUCCUCAUGUGGCUUCGGCCAUGGUCCUCAAGUCUGAGUGCGUGAUAGGAUUCCUUGAGGAGCUUUCAAAAAGUAACAAUACCUGCAUCCCACCCCCGACCAGUUAAACCAGUCUCUUGUGGGCAGCACCCAGGUGGAGUUGCCUUUUCUUUUAGAGUUUUCUACAUGGAGCUAAUACACAACAGGUUUGGAGACCGCCGACCCACAGGGUGUCAUUUGUGAACUUUUGAAGUGAAAGUGUACAGAAGAGGUGUCUGAGAAAGGGCCAUUUUUAAGAUGCUGACUGCUGUGCUGCUGCGACAAUUACAAUGAAAUGAGUUGGGGGCGUGAACGCGUUAGUUAGCCUUCUGAUGUACAGUGCAAACGCUGCUCACACUUCACACAACUUCAUAGCACAAUGUCUUUCUACAGGAUGUUUUUAAUGAUUUCGUAUUUUACAGCAUUUGUUUACCAUAUUUUGAUACACCAUUUUUGCUAUCUGCCAGGUUUUAUUAAAACUAUGUAUUAUUUUCUAAAGAAACACUCAUAUUUUUGUACAAAAGUAUGUUUUCAGGUACCAAGAAAUAGCUAUAAGGUAAAGCGGGACAUAACAUAACUCGGUGUUAGCUGUGUGUGGGAGCUGGUUCUAAGCCAGUGGUGCCUGGGACCAAGGCCACCAGUGCGGAGCGCAGCGCCCUGAGUGCCUCAUCCGGAGAGUCUCACCUGACACUUUAAAAGAAAAGAAAAAGGUCUGCGUAGUUCUACAUUCAUGAAAUUAUUUUGCUUUUAGUAAAUGCUUUAAUAAGAAAAAAAAAAAACCAAAGUUUCAGAUAACAGAAUGUACAAAAGUAUCUCACCCUGUAGAUAGGAAGGGAUCGUUUAAUGACUGUUUCUCUUCUCGGUCCCUAAGUAAUCCACCAUUUCUUACCGAGCAGUGGUGGUGAACCUACCCCUUGAGUGCCACAGUGGGCUUUGUAUCGUUCAAAACUCGAGAAGGUUUGCCGUCACUGCAUGAUGCCUAAGACACAAAUCCUGGUGUCCUGGUACCCCAAAAGCUCAGAUCAUAAUGCCGUGCAUUUUCUUAGCCCUUACUAUUUCUUGCAAAAACAUAAAAAAAAAAAAAAAAAAGAAGUAUUUACAUGCACAGGUAGUGCUUUAUACUUUUUCUCUACUCCAGCCAGAAUCGUGUCUUCAGGAUUUUGCCAGCAUUGGUGAUUUUGUGCACCCUCUUUCUAAUUGGAUUUAUCCGUAGUCUGUGGGUUUUCAGAACUGAAACAUCCCAGGAACCAUUUUUCCUUUUUGACCUACUGAUUGCAGCAGAAUUAUAUAUAUGUGUGUAUGUGUGUAUAUGAAAAUCCACUUUGAAUAAUCUACAUUUUUGUAUUUGGAAAUUGUUUUAAAAACUAAACAAGGAAAAUAAAAGUAUAAAGCUGUUAUUUAUUCUGCAUUUGUUACAUAUCCUGUAGUAAGUAUACCAGUUUGGUAUAUAUUGCCUCUAUACAUCAUUUACAUUUGUAUUUGCAAGAAUGAACUUUAUAGCUACAUAAACUGUAAAUAAUCCUUUCUGUGAAAGGAUCAUACCGGCAUGAUACCAAAAGUAUGUAAAGAAGAAGCCCACGUUGUUUUGUAAUUAUUUCUUACUGGCAUUUCAUGGUUAAGCUUAGCCGUCAAUAAAGUUACUUUCUUUUUGCCUUUAA